GCAGGCGCCGCCCGUGCCUGUCGGAGCGGUAAGAUGGCGGCGGUCUCCGUGCUGCAGGCGCCCAGUGGUGGUUUCAGCUUCGACAAUUGUGCUCGGAACUCCUUGCUGGAGGCCGAGCUCGUCCAGAAGGGCCUGCGACUGCCCACCGCCCGUAAGACGGGCACCACCAUCGCUGGCAUCGUCUUUAAGGAUGGCAUCGUCCUUGGAGCAGAUACAAGAGCAACUGAAGGAAUGGUUGUUGCUGACAAGAACUGUUCGAAAAUACACUUUAUUUCCCCUAAUAUCUAUUGUUGUGGUGCAGGAACAGCUGCAGAUACUGAAAUGACAACUCAGUUGAUUUCUUCCAAUCUGGAGCUCCAUUCACUAUCUACUGGACGACUUCCAAGAGUUGUCACAGCUAAUCGAAUGCUAAAGCAAAUGCUCUUCAGGUAUCAAGGCUACAUUGGUGCUGCCCUGGUUUUAGGGGGAGUUGAUGUGACAGGACCUCACCUUUACUGCAUAUACCCCCAUGGAUCAACUGACAAACUGCCUUAUGUCACCAUGGGCUCUGGAUCACUAGCAGCUAUGGCAGUAUUUGAAGAUAAAUAUAAACCUGACCUGGAGGAAGAGGAAGCCAAACAGCUUGUGAGAGAUGCCAUCGCAGCUGGCAUAUACAACGACCUGGGCUCCGGCAGCAACAUCGAUAUCUGUGUUAUCAGCAAGAGCAAGCUGGAUUUCAUCCGGCCGUACGACGUAGUCAACAAAAAGGGGGAGAGGCAUGGCAGAUACAAGUGUGAAAAGGGAACUACUGCUGUUCUCACAGAAAAUGUAUCACUGCUGGAAAUUGAGGUGGUGGAUGAAACUGUACAGACCAUGGACACAUCCUGAACCAUCACAUGCAGCCCUCCUGUGUCACUGGAGACCAGCAGUAGUUCUGUAGAAGCCUUCCAGCACAAGAAACAAACUUGCAGCUGGCAUAGAAUAAAGAGCUUCUGACCCUGCUUUUACUGAAUGUUUGCAAGUGAUGCUGAUUUCUUUUGCUACUUUUCUAUUCUCACCAAUCCUGUAGUACUUGAGAUAAACUAAUUUCAAAUUGUUUCAUGCAGCACCACAUAAUCCUGAGGAAAAGGUAAGCUAGCAGAAAAUCCACCUGCAUUUAUUUUUUCACUCAGUCAAAAGGGAAGGCCUAGCCUCUGCACUUGGCUUCAAAAGGUUAAUUGGUACCAGUCCAGCCUGGAGAAACUGCUGUACCUGUGCCAUGUUUCCCAUGGUUUCUGUAGUCCUGUUGCCCAUUUUCUGAAAAAACCCCCAAACAUCUACAAAGAAGAACUGUUAGGAGCAGCCUCACAGCUUCAGGCCUCU